AUGGAUCAAGAAUAUCACUUUAAGAGGAACCAUGUGCCAGCAUUUGGAAGCUGGGAUUGGAAUGAUAAUCUUCCAUUCACACAGUGCUUUGAAUCUGCAAGACAAGGUGGUUUUCUUCACUAUAGUUACAACUCUGAGAACGAAGACCAAGAUCUUUAUGUUGCUGGAGAUUUGUAUGAUAAUCAUGUUGUUACUCCUGCUAUGAUUGUUGUUCCUCGUAGAAGGGAAAAGCUACGUUCCCAAAAUGAAAAAGAUGAAAAAAAUCAAAAUUGGAUGAACAAUGUGAUGAAUGAGGCAGCAAUGUCAAGACCAACACCAAAACCAGUUGAUGAAGAUUUGUACAAAAUUUCACCAGAUCUUCUUUAUGUCAAAACUACCAAGAAAAGAGGCUUGUGUUUCUUUCCAAGUUGCUUGUUUCCAACUUGCAUUGGAUGA